AUGACCGGGUUGAACCGGUUCAGACCUGGGGACUGGUCUGAGCCACUUGGAACCGGUUCAGACCGGUUUGACCCGUUUCAGACUGGUUGGAACUGGUUCAGACCUGUUGGAACUGAUCCGAGCCGGUUGGAACCAGUUCAGACCGGUUGUAACUGGUCCGAGCCGAUUGGAACCAGUUCAGACUGGAUGGAGCUGGUCCGAGCUGGUUGGAACCAGUUCAGACCGGUUGAAACCAGUUCAGGCCGGUUUAAACCGGUUUAG